UCUCACCGUUACCUUCGGUAUACGAUGAAGAUACCUCCACAUUACCCUGGAUAAUAUCAUUCUGAAAAAGGCAGGAGGCAGGAGAAAACAAUAUGGAAACUUCCCAUCACCAGAGUAAAAGAAUUUUAGGCAAAAAAAGAGUUAAAAAUAAGAUAAAAGAAUAGUUAUAAAGAGGAGAGACGAUCGCAUAUGACAAUCGUUUCAGAGGGAGGGAAAUAUAUUUAAAAAAUUAUAUAUCUUGUAAGACAAGAUAAAAUAUAGAAUUUUUUAUAUUUUCAUGCUGUCCAUAGAAUCGCAAGGAAUGAAUUCACGACUUCCUGGAACGAUGAAUUUCAAAGAGUAAGACUUUCUUUGAAACUAAAAUAUUCUUUGCGAACAGUUCCAGUGUCAUUUCAGUUUGAGAUAUCCCAUGGAAUAUCGAACAUCAAACAGAAAAGACAUCACGCACGGCCGUUAAACCCAGUUAUAUGGACUUUCACGUCGCUUUCUGCAAGGCCAUUUUGUAUUCCGUGGAUUCACCCUCGAUUUCCUUCUGUUCCUCCCUCCCCCGAAAUUAUGCACAGGAAGCAUGAGGAUCAUUGAAAGGACGCACGAUAGACUGGCCAAGUCUAAACUGAACGCCAGCCAGUGCAAGUCACUGAUAAAUUAUGGCAGUUUCUCGACUGCGGGACGAUGCAUCGCGCUUUUAAAUAAAAAGUUUCCACAGACUCGUUGCAACAUCACUUGGACAAAAUGCCAUUGAUAUUCUAUUGACGAGUACGGAAUUCUACUGGCACCGAUUAGAAAACUUAUGAGAAUUCGUUGGUUUUUUAAUCUCAGAUUUUUCAAAGAUCUUUGAAAUAUUCCAGGACUUCUCCACCUUUGACAGCUGUCUUUCAUGAGAACAGGGAAAAUAUACAUUGGAGGGUGGAUUUUUCUCAGGAUCCAUCAAGGUACCAAAAAGGGCUCAGCAGGUAUUCUAUGAUUUUCGAGGGAAUGCAGACUCAUUCGUCAGUGUCAAAAAAGUGACGUCAGAAAAAUUUGUAUUAAUUAAUAAAAAUAAAAUUUUUUAAAUGACAACUGAUAUAACAAAAUCUGUGGAACAUGAAUAAGUAAAAAUUUUAAAGAAAAAUCGAAAUAAAAGGAGAAAUUUCCACUAAACAAUAAUAACUGAAUCAAACCACAUUUCUCCGUAAACUGUCAUACGAUUGAACCAGAUAAAACCCAAAAAUAUUUAAAAAGUCGUUAGGACCUGGAAUAAAAGCCAGUCACGAUGUGGGUCUAAAACUGAAAGUGUGUACGUUUCCCUUAUCCCAAGAGCCAUCAGUUCCGCAGGUAAUACUCAGGUUAGCAGGUAGUCCUAUUGUUCUCCUCCAAAAAAAUGCGACUCAUCUCCUCGAGUAACUCCGAAAAAAAAAAAAUAUCGGAAUGCUCACCCACACAGUCGCUCACCUCUACCUGAGUGGCUCAAGUCCCCAAUGUAUACAAAGUGGAAAGGCAUCAGCAGUCCCCAACUACUGCGCUCAUGGUCCCAGGAGGUGGAUGCAAGGCAUGAGGCCUUGUGGAUAUAAGUCACCCGGGCACUGUGUGCGCCAAUGGACUCUCUCUUUGACCCUGGUCAAGUGCACAUCGUCUCUUCCGUGUUCAGUAAAACAACAGUGAUAAAUAAAUUGUUCUGUGUUUAGGAUAAUUGUGUGAUGGAUAUGGGUUCACAAUUUAUGGUGGAAUAAAUUUUCUUUUAUUCGUGUUUUGCGGAGGGAGUGAUUUAUUUUCUGUUCCCUGCUGUUGCUGUUGUGAUUUACCCGGGUGUUUGGAAUAAUUUUUUGUGUGCAAAGGGUGGGAUGCUACUUGAGGGAAAUUGUUGAGAGAUGUACCUUCGAUUUAGCCUGUCGUGCUUGAUCCUGCUCGUAUGUAUAUCCUGCACGGCACUGGCUAGGAGCAAUGGCCCACGACCCCCAGCACCCCGACACCACCGCAGAAGAGCAGCGGCUCUCAGUGAAUUCCUCGCACCGCCACCCCCGCCACUCCAAAGAAAUCGUCCCCCCCAAUUUCCCCAUCAACCGCCAUUUCGUCAGGGGAAGAUUUUGAACUCAACCCCCCCACCGCUCCCCGAAUCACCAGGAUUUUUUGCGAGGUUCAUGGGGUGGUUCAAUCCCUGGAGCGGGGGCUCUCCACCACCACCAGCAGCGCCCACCCCCCAGCUCACUCAUCCUGGAUUUCAAGCUUCAGUGCAACAUGAAACUUAUGGACCUCCACAAGUGCCACCCAUUGACACUCAAUCACCUCAACAGCUGCCCCACGGGCCCUCCCCGAAGGCCGUUCACUCCCAGCUGCCACCCCUGUCUGGCACCAACUGUCACCCCUGCGACACAGUCCCCUGGAUCCCCCUGAUCAACGGCCUCAGCCUGAACACCAGAUACGCCGAAGGAGCACCGGCAAUUUCUCUGAAUGAGCCCCACCAGGACCUCUCAGCCCCCAACAACUACCACGUCCCCUCCCCAUCCCAGGAGGUGAAAAUUCCGGAUUUCGGUUGGGAGCGUCCGCCCGCACCGCCCCCGGAUCUUCCCCAGCAGAUCUCCAACACCUUCAACACGGACUUUCCGUUUCCUCUGACCGGACCUAUUCCAAAUCCCCACCUCUACCCCGGGGCGAUGCCUCCACUCUUCAAAGCGGCUGCUUGGGACUCAGCACCAGCGGCAACAGAUCAUAACGAACAACUCAGGAGUAAUGCAGCAUAUGGAUUCGGAGAGGCCACCCCUGCAGAUGUCCCCCCAGAGUCCGCCAAUUCCCAGGUCCCACCAUCGGGUCCCUCCCACACGGGUGGAGAUUACGUAGAUGUUCUUCCACCUGGUGCGGAGACUGCAUCAGGCCCCGAACAUUCAAAUGUCCCACCCAGUCCUCCAGGGGAACCCGUUGAUUCCGACUCCUUCAACCCCGGGUAUGGACCAACUGAUCAUCAACCUGUUGAGCAUCAAACGGCCUCUGUGUCACUGCCUCCAGUUGUGGAUCCUCGUCAGCAUCAGGGCCCGGGUUCAAGUGCCACUGAGCAUCAUAAAUCAGCUAUCAAUCAGCCCACUGAACUCGGGACGAAGGUGUCCUCCGAUGGCAAGCACAUCAUUCACAUCCAGCAAUCUCCUGUCAUCGAUUUAUCGGAGGACACUGUUGACUGUGAGACAUCUAAUUCCUCUCGAGAAGCGGAGGAAGCCCCAGUGAUCCUUCAGAAUGCCGACGGAACGUACGGUAUCAACACAACCUGGCCGACAACCGGUGAUAGAGACGUCGAGGUUUCUGCAACGAUUCAGACAUCCGGGAAGGGUCACCCCCAGGGGGAGAGCGGGGAAGUUGUUCUUGAGAGGGGAGGAGUUGUAGGAAGUGCUGAACGGGUGAAGCUGGAUGAUAACACCACGUCUCUGCUGCUGGAGGUGCUGAGACAGUCGGCGAAUAAUUCGGAAUUUGGACAGAGGAUUACGACGACUGAACAGCCUCGUGAGGGGACUGAUGAGACGGGGGGUGUGGAGGAGGGGAACCAGAGUACAACUGAGGAACCUCUGUUCGAGGCCAUCAUGAAGUCUUACAGGAAUUUCCAGAGGGAACAGCAGGAGGGAACACCCUGGAUUGAUCCUAAGGAUAUUCACCAAGGCGCCGGGUUUACCCACUCCUCCGGAACUGCCAGGAAUAUGAAGGAUCAGCAGCAAGGGGGUAAAAGGAAUAAACAGGUGCAGAUAAUAAUUCCUUACACCUCUCAAUACACUCCCAUUCCUUUUCACCACAGCCCGAUCACUUGGACAGAUUCCGGGAGACUCCAGCCUCGAAAAGUUCCAGUUUUGUCCGUUCGAGAUCGCUCCAAGGAGUCGCUAGAAAUAACCGAAGAGGAGAGGUCUCAUAUUCUUCAGACUUUGCAGAGUCUUCCGAAGUUGAAAAAACUCACGCGACCCUUUGCCUUCAGCAAGACUAACACCUCGAUCGAUCCCUUGAGGCUUCAAAAAAAUAUCGACAACUGGACGAUCCAAGAAUACUCCAAGGGAACGACAGCCAGCACUGUUCCCAGUUCUCCACAUCGGCUCCAGCAGUCAAAAAAAAUUCCAGAGGAGUACUUCACCACGACUGAACCAGUUGUCACUAUCAGGGAGGCCGAGAAGGCCUUUGGAAAUAUUUUGAAUGGUUUCAGCUUCAAUGAUCUGGAGCACGAGGGCUCGGCCAGUAGCAGAGUCGAGGUCCCCCACGUUCGUGUCUCCUCGUCAGAGAAUUCUGAAGCCUCAUCCCCAAAGCCCUCGUCAGUGUCUCCAUCGAGCUCUGAGGAUCUCUCAUGGGAGCAACUUCCGGUCUCAAUUUCUCCAGUCAGUAAGGAACGUGUGUACAUAGUUACGCCCCAGCCAGCGGUGAAGCCGUCGAAGUCCAAAGCCAAGUUGACAACAGACAAAUUUCAGGGUGAGAGUAAAUCGAAAAGGCAGUUUGCAUCAAUCGAGAGGGCAUAUCAGGUUCUUCCAGAGGCGGUGAAUAACCUGGCAGUCGCAUCAACCGGACCUGCAACACUUCCUCUCUGGGGAAUAAUGGAGCACGAGGACUACGCAGCCUCCAAUAGAACUACGACUUCCCCAAAAACGCCGAUUCUCUACUCAGGUCACUCGAAGGUGUCACACACGAGACAAUGACGAAGUAUUCAAACAACAAAAGUGCAAAGGUCAUCAUGUGCGCGAAUUCAAUAGACUGCUAAAAUAUUUAUAAACAAUUCUCCCCAUCGCGCCAUGUGCAUCCAGAACACUGAACUAAUCUAAAUAAUUAUCAUUAAAAUUAAUUCUAGUAUUUGAAAGCUCAAGACGGUUAGAUACAGAGUCAAUGGAAAUUUUUUCAUCUCACGAUUCUUGAAGAAAAGUACAUUUACGAACAAUAUCAUUACACAUUCUCUAUUGACUCUGUCGAUCCAGCCACGGCCAGUGUUGUACGUAAGUGGGGUCUGUGCGACUCACGUCUAGAAUAAAGAAUCAAUUCGUGUUUUAACCGGUGGUAUUUUCUCGAUAAAUUUCUCCGAAAAUGGGAAAGUGAACGUGAAAUCGUCUCAAAUGGAAUUCACAAACGAGACUUGUCCCAACAUUUGUUACAAAUCCGAAAUACGUGAGUCGAGAUGAUGAUUUUGGUGGGCUUUCCCCCGAUUUCGCAAAUUCAUUUUGGAUGAUGUCCAACCUGCCCCAGACGUGUCUCGUAUUCAAUCCAAGAGAAUGAGUACGUGAAUUGGGAAUAAGAUUGAACAGGUGAAAGGGAUAAAUGUCCUCUGACCUGCAAAAAAAUACGGGAUACCAUUUAACCCGAUGCUCCAACUUUCAUGUACUAUGACCCCCAGUGCUGCAGCGUAUGACCCCAUCAUUGAAAUUUCAUCGAUACAGCGGAAGCCAUGAAACUGGGGGUGAGAAAAAAUUGACGAUAAUGGGAGGAAUUCUCUGAUAUUUUUGGGGUCGAUGAGGUUUUUUCGAAACGAGACUGGCUGACACUGAGUUGUGUGAAACCACUGGAUACCGGAAGUAUUCGGGAAAAUUCAUUCUAUUGUCUAAGGUUCAACUGUACUAACGAUGAUUAUACGACACUGACUCCAUAACGAGAUAACAACGGUUGAAUAAUUAGCGAUCCAUUUCAGGGACAAGGAGACCAAACAAGGACGUGACCU